GUCAUUUUUAUUUAUGACUGGGUAUGGGAGUUUUUGUUUCUCAUGUCAUGUCUGCUUAAAACCCUAAAGAGAAGACAGUUGCUGUAUAUCAAUGCGGUCGAUUUGAAAUUUCUCCUGAAAUUUCUCCUCUAAAAGAUGGUUUUCUUGUCUAGAAUUAGGCAUUUAAAAUCUAAGUCUCAACAAUUGAAAGCAAGAUGGUACUCCCAGGUUUCUCAUAGAGUUUCGUCUACAUCUUACAUCUCUGUAAACACCAAAAUCCAAGUUUUUCAGAAACCUAAUCCAUUCAUUAAACCAACUGGCUAUGUAUACAACAAUAUUAGGUCUUUUGCUGCUCCAGUUAAGGCUAAAUCUAAAUCGGGAGCUAAAGAUUCUAAAGGAACAAGGCUUAAUGAACAAAUUACAUCUGAUAUCAUUAGGCUUGUUAGCAACGAAGGGCAGCAUACAGUUGUUUCAAGGCGCGAGGCACUGGAGCGCGCAAAGAAGCUGAGUCUUGAUUUGGUUGAGGUUGGCCUUGACCAAAAGGAAAAAAUACCUGUUUGUAAGGUCAUGGACUUCCAUAGAGAAAAGUACGAAAAACAAGUAAAGGAAAAAGAUCGUACUAAAAACAAGUCAGAAGUUACUUUGCGCCAAGGGGACUGCAAAGAAGUUCGUUUUACAGGAAAAAUAGAACUAAAGGACCUUCAAAUGAAAGCUAAUGUGGUUAAGAGAUUGAUGGAGAAAGGCUAUCGGGUGAAGUGUACGGCAACGGGUAAAGAAGAUGAAGACUUUGGAGGAAAUUUAAGUCGUCUAACAGCUUUGCUAGAAGAUACUGCUGUUGUGGAAAGUGGACCACUGGUGGAGAAAAAGCAGGCUUAUGUAAUUGUCAGGCACAUUAAGUUUGGGCGCCCCAAGAGCGGUCCUUCCAAGAAAGUUGAUGUCAGAAAGGAAUCUACCAAUUCAACAACGAUCAACACUUCAGGUGAUAUUCAAACUCCGAUAAAGAUUGAUGAAGACUCUGGUUCAGAAUCCAACGAAGACUCAGUUUCAGAAAUACCUUCUCCAAUCAAAAGUAUAGAUGGAAAGCCUGAAAGGAAAAGUGUGUGGUCACCUAGUGAUGUUGCUGGUAGGGAGGCUGGGAAAACUAAAGGUUUUAUCGAUGGACAAAGAGAUGGUGGUAUCCCAGUCACAAAACCGCCAUUUGAGGCUGAGAAUCGUUAUGCCAGAAGAAAUGAACCUAGAACUGGCAUUCCACCGCCAAGAUUAUCAACUCAAAGCACACUCAAUGAUCCUAACCCGUUUGCCACUGUCCCAAAAUUCUCCCCUUCAAUGCAGCAGAAACCUGAUAUGAACAGGAUUCCCCCAGGUCCAAUGGACUCUAGGCGCUCAGCCAGACUUCAACUUCCACCUUCACCACCAUUGGUGGAAAAGAGGGAAAACGGUGCUUCAACAUUCAGAACCUUGAAGCAGCCAAUCCCUGAAGUAAAUAAAGAGAUGGGGAUUCCAAGAGCACAUUCUCGCCAAGGUAUUCCGACUUCUCCACCCCCAACAUCAGCGCCAGCACCAAAAUACGGAAUUUUCAGUAAUCAGAAACCUAGUAAUCCUCCUAACCUGCGGAAUCCAACCACAGGAAGGAAUGUAGAGGUAGAUUCAUCAAAUCAAAAAGCUGAGAGUGAGCAAAAGUCCAACGAACGGAAAUAUGGAAUAUUCAGCCGCAAGUAGAAUGUGUGACAGUUUUGAUAUUCUGUUCAGCAAGAUUGAGAAAUUUACUAGUUGAAGGAAUUACUCUCAUGUCAAUAGAACAAUUUGAUAAUCUUGAUUAAACCAAGAAAUGUUUCAAGUUAAUGAAAAGUAAAAAAUAAAAAAGUUAGAAUAUGC